AUGCGGGAUCUAAGUAAAGAGUUGGCUACAUAUGUCUGGUUUCAAUUACUUAAAAGUCUCAUAGCAAAAUUAACAACUGACAAUGAAGAAUUGGCAAUGAAUGAUUUCAAGGAAGAAAUCAAAGACUACUAUCAUGAUGAUAAAAAAAAACUUGAAACACUUCUAGAUGAACUUGAAUGGUAUGAUCCAUGUAAUGUUAUCUUUUGGUAUUCACGUCAAACAUCACUCUCAAAUAUUAUCAAUCAAGCAUUAAGACGACAAGAUAUUGAUUUAUUAUAUAAAUGUCGACAUUUUAUUCGAGACUUAUCACAAGCAUUAACUGAAUUACGACAAAAAUUACCAGCUACAUUACGUGUUUAUCGUGGAGCUGUCUUGCCCAAAGAAAGUUUUAAGAAAUUGAAACAUAUUGUUCGACAACGAACUUUCGUAUCAACAUUUGGAUAUUUAUCGACUUCAAAAAAUAUUGAAGUUGCUAAAGUUUUUGCUAGCAAUGCAACGAAUGUCACUGAUGAGAAUGGCGUCUCAGUGAUGUUUGAAAUUGAUAUAGACAAGGAUACUAAUGUUAUAGCCGCUGAUGUUAGUCAAAAGAGUCAAUUUCCUGAUGAAAACGAAGUCUUGUUUGAUAUAGAUUCUACGUUUGAAAUUUUAGAAGUGACUGCUGAUGAAGAAAAACGCUUAUACACAAUUCGUAUGCGAACGUCAACAUAUGGUAGUGAAUUAACUAAUGAAUAUCUUCGCUACAAUGAAAAAGAAUUAAAUCAGUUGGUGAGUGUUGAAAUUCUAUUUGGACGUCUUAUCGCAGAUAUGGGCGAAUAUGACAAGUCAAUUAAUUACUUUGAACAAUUAGUUGAUAAAGAGAAUAUAGAUCAGACUCAUGUUUGUAUCAAUUUGGGACGAGCCUAUGCCCUUAAAGGUGACUAUGAUAAUGCUUACAAAUAUUAUUAUAGUGCAAAGGAUUUAGAAACGAACGAAAACUCGCUAAAAAUGGCUGAAAUUACACAUCAUCUUGGCUGGUUAGAUAAUACUCUCGGAGAUUACAAUUCGGCAAUUGAAAAAUAUCGAAGAUCGUUAGAACUUUACAACGCAAAUCAGAGUUCAGGUUACUGGCAAAUUAAGGGUGCUUUACAUACGAAUAUUGCUAUGGCACAAACGACACUCGGUCACUUUGAUGAAGCUAAACAAGAAUUGGAUAGCGCUUACGAAUGUAUGAAAAAAGCUCAACUUCCAACUGAUCAUCCAGAUUUUUCACAACGUCAAAUGAAUCUUGGAAGGAUCUGUCAACACCGUGGAGAAUAUAAUAAAGCUUAUCAUUAUUAUAAAACAGCCUUAGACAUGAGAAAGCGUGCUCUACCACCUGAACAUAUGGAUUUAGGUAAAAUAUUGUACAACUUAGGCAGUGUUACAGGUGAAGCAGGAAUUGAUUACGGAAAAGCGUUGACUUAUUUACGUGAAUCAUUGGUCAUAAAUGAAAAUGCUGUCGGCGAAGAGCAUCCAGCAACAGCUCUUGUCUGGAGUGGUAUAGCAAAUGUGUACGAAUGUAAAGAUGAAUAUGAACAAGCUUUAAAAUACCAGUUUAAAGUUUUGGAACUCGUUGAAAAAAUUUACCACGAUAAAGAUCAUGAAGAUAUAGCACGCGUUUUAAAUAAUAUUGGUGAAUUAUAUCGUAGAAUGAAAGACUAUAAACAGGCGUUUCUGUAUUUAAACAGAGCGUUGGAAAUGCGUAUCAAGGUACUUGGAGAUGAUCAUUCUGAAACUGGGACGGUACAUGUUAAUUUAGCUGAAACAUACCGAGACACUCAUGACUAUGAAAAAGCAAUGCAACAUGUGCAACAGGGUGUGAAAGUAUGGAGAGAGAAAUUAUUGCCUUCCGCUACCUAUAUGACUGAAGGUGAAGCACUUUUGGUGGAAUUGCGUCGACUUAUUGCGGAGCGUGACUCAGCCGGUGAAAAGACGGAUCAAAUGCAAAAGUCUAAAUAA